AUGGUUCUGAACAUUAUUAGUGUGUAUGCUCCUCAGACUGGAAGUGAUGAAGACGUAAAAGCAAAGUUUUGGGAAGAUUUUGAUGGUUUGAUGAUAGGUAUUCCAGAAAAUGAAGAGGUAUAUGUUGGAGGGGAUUUUAACGGACAUGUAGGCGUACAUAAUGAAAACUAUGAUAGAGUUCAUGGGGGGAGGUCGAUUGGUAUACGAAACGAGGAUGGCGAAUCUUUAUUAGAAACUGCUUCAGCAUUUGACCUGGCUAUAGUAAACACUUGGUUUAAAAAAAGGAACACCUUAUCACCUAUAAAAGUGGUCACCAUGCGACACAAAUAG